UUAAAAAAUAGGUAUGCGACUUGCUAGCCAGUAGCGAGUCAGCGCACCGUAUAGAAUUCACGGGCGACAAUUUACGUAACGGCCUGUAAUGACGUUUGACGCGAAACGUUCUAAACGACAGUCUGUGAAAUAAUAAUGUACCUCUCCCGCAAUAACAACACGCGGACCCCGUCGCGUACACGAUAGGCGUGGUUACGGCCUACCGCGACGGCGGCGAUAUGAAAUUCAACGCCAUCUCUUGAGCGUUGUAUACGUUUCACUUUUACUGUGACGCCCUCUUAAGAGGAGAUUUCAGACGUAGUCUCAAAGUCUUCUUUUAUGGGCCGCCUUUACUCCUCGCGAUCUUAUAUGAAAAAGCUAAGCUCACCUAAAUAGUUAUAUUUUAUGACCGGAAUCAAUAAUCGCCUUGUAUAGAACGAUGUAGCCAUUAUCCGGUGUUACCCCUCUUUACCCGCUAUAAAAAUGUUAUGUUUUAUCAUUUCAUUAGUUAAUGCAAUUAAUUAUAGUUAAAUUUGUAUCUAUGUAUACUUGGAUAAUAAACACGGGAAAUUAAUAACCUGACAACGUCUUUUUGUUUUAAUUAUUGACUCACAGUUUGCGUUAGAUAUCUAAUAACAUUUUAUCUAUCGCCUCGAUUAUAAUAUUGUACAUCAGUACAUGUUAUUACGACCGAGCUGAAAAUGGACAGAAACUCGAAUAUUGAUGUCAGCGGUCAGUGGAUGUCGUCAUCGAAAAAGUUAUUGCUCAUGCUCGUGCAGUCUGUACUCACGGCAGUGUUCGUGUUCCUCCUGAUGACUGCCGUGUACUUACUGUACUUGUGGUUCAAGUGCACUGCGGUGGAGGUGCAACCGGUUGCGGGUCACUCCUUUUACGACGACUACGAUGGCUUAGCCUCCCGCGAAUCGACGCCGGUUGUACAGAUCGUCAACAUUACCGCAAGAGAGUUUUGUUCGGUCGUAUCCAGGGACUUGUACUCGUUGAAGCAGAUGGGCUACGUAGACGACGAUAGUCGGGUGUCCAAGCUGCUGUCUCUGGACCUCGGCGGUGCCCAAGACGUGCACUACGUGUUUGUCAACACCACGCAUGUUCCGUGGACGGUCGCUUGUUCGCUUGAGUCGGUGCUGGGUGCUAUUGGCCACGUCGGUCGCGUUAAUGUGUUUGUCGUCAACGGAAUGGAAUUUGAUCGAACCGAUAACAAGUGCGGUCUGACGCAACCGGUGUCGCUGUUGUCGAGCCUCGUCGAUCUGACAGCCAAGUACGGCAACCACCGGUUGAACGUGUUGCACGUGAACCUGGACGAUUUGCUGGAGUUCUCGCCGUUCCAGUGCAUGGGCCUCAACAGGCGUCCCGCGCUCGCCAAGUUCGCGGUGCAGCUAGUGCUGCUCUGGCAAUUCGGCGGUACCGUGCUCGACGGCGACGUGGUGGCUAUCCGAGGUUCCGUGUACCGAGCGACCGACACGGCGGUCGAGUACGGCGACUGGACCGCCAGUUCACCGGCCACCUGUCACCCGUUCGUGUACGACGCCAUGGUGUGUACCAAGAGCUACGCGCUACUUUACAGACCAUUCAUGGCAGACACCAGUGUCAAGAUCUUUGACAAGGCGGUCGAAUGGUCGGGACGCGGCGUCAGCGACGUCCGGCGCGUCGACGACAGUGUGACGUGUCGGGACGGCCUGGUCGGCGGCCACUGCUAUUACGUAGAACGGGCCGACGUCGAUUUCAUUCACCGUUACUGCCCCACGGUCUAA